AUGAUUGAUUUAUGGCGCAGAGAACAGCGCAAAGCUGCGUCGAGACGGAUGGCAAAAAACGUCUUGGUUCUGUGCGAGCGCAUUGAAUGUCUCGUGCCGAGCAGCCAGGGAAAGUGUGCUCAUUCUCAGUCGAGAAUUGGUCGUCAUGAGCAGUCGAGAGGCGAGAAGCGCUUCUUCUGCGAACCGAAGCUGCUGAGCAUACGUCUGCACCCAAGGUCCUUAGCCUUCGCGAUCCACGUCUUAUACGUGCGCCGGUCACCGGCCACCGGUCAUCAGCCACCGGCCACCGGUCAUCGGCCACCGGCCCCCGGCGACGCUUAG